AUGUUAGAAGACUUUCCAAACAGAGAACGACUCGUCGAACUUCAAGAAGGACUCAGAAGAACAUUUUUGGACAUCCUCGCAGUUACGGAGCUACGAUGGAAAGGAACAGGGAGUAUAGACCUCGAAGACUCAGAUUAUAAAUUCUUCCAUGCUGGGCCUGAAGACACACAAGGACCAUCUGGAACCGGUUUUUUCGUGAGUCGCCGCCUUCUUCCUUUCGUGGAUGCUUUUUCAAGAGAAAACGACAGAAUGUCUCGUUUGGAUGUACGAUUUGAUGCGAAUUUGUAUCGGUUUUUGGCGGUAUAUGUACCCCCUUCAGCAAGUUCCACAGCAGAAGACGACGAACAAUAUUGUGCACAUGUCGAAAACAUUCAAGCCAUCAUACUUGACUCCGCAAACAAGUAUACACCAUGCGGAGUAAGACCGACGUCGAAAAUGAUGCACGAUACGUCGAAAAUACAUCCAAUUGUAUUGGGCGAUUUUAAUGCACAUUUAGGGAAGAAGACAAAUGACAUGGAAAGUUCUCUUGGAAGGCAUACGUACGAUAGUUGUCGAAAUACACGAGGGCAAAUACUUGUAGACUUCUGCGAAGAACUACAACUUCGGGCAGCUGCCACGUUUUUCAAGACCAGGAAUGGACGAAAGUGGACCUGGAGAUCUCCGAACGGGAAGACUUUUAGCUGUAUCGACCAUAUAUUUGCAUGCCAGAUACACAGCUGCACUACCAGAAUGAGAAAGAGAACACGUUCGAAGUCUUAUCUAGACCGAGACGCUUACCAGAUGGAACUGGCCAGAAUUUGUCCUCGAACCAUUCAAGAUCCAUCGAAUCGUUAUCGAGAAAUAUGCAGGUAUAUCAGGAACGCGGCAUCUGUGGCUACAAGACGUACCCAAGCUCGCCACUACCUUUCCACUGACACCCUAUCACUAAUGAGACAGCAACUGAAGAGAGAGAUGAAUACGCUAACAGACCGAGUAGCAUACAUCGAAACUUGCAAAUUGCUGAGAAGGAUGAUAAGAAACGAUAUUCGUUUACAUCAUCGUGAUCUUGUUCAGAAAGCGAUUGCUACUGGUGGAAGCUUGAAGAUGGUGCAAAACCAAAUGUCAGUUGGUCGGCGACAACCGACUCAGCUGCGCGACAAGAAAGGGAAACUAUGUGUGUCGAGGAACGAAAUCAAAGAAGUUAUAAGGGAGUAUUAUGACCAGCUGUACACAUCGCAAAGCAUGGUGCCCUACACACAAUGGAAGAAAGACGAUGAUGAUUGUGCACCAAUCCUCCCGAGCGAGGUAGAAACAGCUUUGAAAACACAAAUGCCAGGAAAACUCCAGGACACGAUCUUAACGACGGAAAUGUUGCAGUGGGGUGCAGUUAACCUUAUACCACUAAUUACUGAGCUUUUCAAUGAAUGCCUCCGCACCGAUAAUGGCAAGAACAACGGCAACGAUCUUCUAUAG